CCUGGGGACCCUGCCACCUUAGCACAGAGAACAAGGCCGGCCUUGGGCCAGCUGGAGCAGCAACCCUGCCCUGGGGGCUUCUGGGAAAUGUAGUCCCCCUCCCAGGCUCGCCAACCCCUUGGGUCUCAGCACCCUAGCACUCCUCCCCUGGCUGAUGGGAGCCUCCAGAAGGAGGUGCAUUGGGAUUGAGGAUUGCUGGGGGUCACCCUCUGCUCCCAGGCACUGCCUAGAAGCAGCAGGGGCUGUGACUGGAGGAGUCUCCCCUGCCAAGGAUUCUUAAUGGUGUGGGCUUGGCUGGGGGGUGGGGCAGUCACACAGUUCCUUGGAGGUGUCCCUGCACUGCUCAGGGGACAUGGCCCCUGUCUUGGUCUGAAGGAGCCCAUUGGGGAGGAAUGUGGAGAAGGGAAGUGAGGCUUAGGGCUUCUUGCUUGGCUGGGGUAUGUCCUAUCCCAGGGUUGCUGAAAUUUGGUUUCAGGAGAGCCUGAGGUCUACUCUUCCUUUCUCCCUCUUGGGAGCUGAGAAGGAGAGUGUCCCUCAUAGUCUGGGAAUCUGGAGGGUGUCUUUCUGGAGCAGCGAAGCCAGGAUCAGCUUCUGUCUGUCUGUCCAGCUUCCUUCCUUCCGGGUUUUUCUGACACCCCCUCCUCCCUCCUCCUUCUGUCUGUCUGCUGCUUGGGGUGUGUGUCUGUGUCUGGGGGAGCCUCUGCUGCGGCAGGAAAAGUGUUGCUCUGGGAGAGGUGAGCUGGGCAUGUGACUGAGCCCUGGGAAAGGGGCUUGGAGGCCCCCUUGAUCUUUGGCCUGGGUUUCCUGUUUUACAUAGGAAAGCUGUCUUCGCACUGUAUCUGCUGUAACCCUACAGAUGCCUUUGGGCAGCUCUCUGAGUGAGACUUCCAGGGUGGGUGGGCUUCCACUCCUCUUCUUCUCCCUCCUCCUCAGCCUCUCCAGGGAGUAGCCACUUCUUUUGGCUGGGGCUGCCUGGCUCCUCUGCUGCCUCCCCAGCUCGGGCUUGACUGCCUUCUCUGGGUCAGGACCACAAUUUCAUGGCCCCAGGGGAAAAGCACGUUCAGGCCCUGUCUUUCUGGUGUCAGCCUGAGGUGCCUGCUGAUAGAAGCCUCAGGACAGGGUGAGAAUGAGAGAGGAAGGUGAGGGGCAGGGGGAGUCUGGUGCCAGGAAGGAAGGUGCUUCCUCCCCGAGGUGAUCAGGCUCCUUGGCCUUGGAGAACCAGGCCUGAAGGCCAGCCUUCUGGCCACCUCCCUCUAGAGGUUCUCUGCUUACCUGUGUUGCUUCUGAUUGGGGAUAGGAGGGAGUUAAUGUUGGAAAGGGUGCUGGGGAGAGGUAGAAUACCUCUAAUCUUGGAUCCAGAGUAACUCUUGUGCUUGGGGUAGCAGGGGCCCAUGGCUGAAGAUAGGUUCUGGAGGUCCAUAUGGAGGUUCAAAAUGAGUCUCUAAUUACUGGGGCUGAGGGUCAACGUGGGAAGAGAUUACAGCAUCCUGGAACAGGAUCAGUGGUUCGUGGAAAUCGAGGACUAGCACAACAGUGGUGAUGAGAGACCUAGGGAACUUGCUUACUGAAUCUGUGUUGGGCAUCCACGACUCUGUUUGGGUAGUUCCUGCCUCCCAACUUCUGGGUACCUGAGAGCCCUGGGUUGGGAACUCUACUUCCACGAAUAGACAGGGCAGUAGCCUUCUGGGCAGAGGCCUAGUGGGUGGCAGUGUCGACUCAGCAAGGGCUGGAAUGCCUGGCACCUGCUUUAGAUUAAAGGAGAUGCCUGCAAAGGGGGGCUGCCUGCCUGUGGGGGGAGUGGCUGGGAUAGAGCUCCAUGGAGCCCAGGAGUAGGGUGGAAGGAAAGAACCAGGGUUGCGGGCAGCAGCAGCUCUGGCAGGAGUGGAGGGAGCCAGCAGUCAUCUAGCUCUGCAGCCCCUCCUCCAGGGAGUCUAAGACAGGAGCUGGGGGCACCCCCACACUGCCUCUGGCGCCACAGGCUGAAGUUCUGUCCCAGCGCCCAGGGGGGCAGCUUCGGGGAGCCAGGGUGUCUGCGUGUUCAGUAUUCCAGGACUGGAAGAGGCCUGCAAGGAGGUGGAGGCACUUUGGGGUUCUUGUUGCCCUGAGGCCCUGUGUCCUCUUCCUGGGACUCCUUGUUGCUGGUAGUGAGGCACCCCAAGAGCCUGGGCACCCAGGGGUGAUGGAGAAAUGGCAUCCCUUUCUUGUGCCAGGAGCCCUGGGCACUGCCCUGGUGCUGACCUGGGGGAGGAGGCAGAGGGGGAUGGCACCGUGGGAAAGUGGGCAGCCGUGGGAGCCAAGCGGGUACAGGCUGGGUGCCGCAGGCAGGGAGCCUCUGCCAGGCCCGCUCUCCCUGGGGUGGGGCUGGCUGUUCCAGGGACUGGCUCAACCUGUUGAGCACCUGGCUGCUCUAGCUUGGCAUCUGUACCCCUGCCUGCCAGCCCUGCCAGCUGCCCAUCUUUAGCCACACUAUGGGGGCUGCCCCCAGGGAUCUGGGAAAAGGAGGCUCUGACUGGCCAAGGGGCCAGGAUGGGGCUGGUAGAGGCUCCUCCAGGGAAGGCUAAGUUUCCCCAGGUUACAUCCUCUAACUACCAGAGCUGGAGCUAGAGCUAGUUGGAGGGCCAAGUAGCCAGAGGCUAGGAGGGGCUAGGUGAAGAAGGCCACAGCUUUAGAGCUCUUGAGGUGCUGCAAGUCACUUGGAUGUGCAGCCCUGGAAGCAGCCUGGAGUUACAGCCUGGAAUUUCCUCUGCUGGGUGCCAGGGCCAGGCCUCCAGAGCCCCACCCCCAGCCUGGCCUGACCUCCCCUCCCUGGGAGAGAACUGCCGACUUUCCCUGGAGGUUGGGGGAGGGGCAGUAAGGGCAUUCUGCUGCCCUGGGAGGAGACGGGUGACUUCCUGGGUGUGGGGUUAUGUUGUACUGUCUCAGUCUCCCCAAUGGCCCCCGCUCCCCAUGGAGAGGGGGAUGUCCUGGGGUCCCAGGAAGAUGUCCUGCACUCUGCUCCUAGUGUAGGGAGUCCUGGGUCCCAUGGAAGAUCCCUGACCCCUGCAGGCCUUUGCUGUCCUCCUAUACCCUCUGACCCUUUAGCUUUAGGUCCACCUUGGCGCUCUGCUAGCAUGUGGGGAAGGGGAGCCAGGGUGCCACUCUGUAGGGAAAAAGGUGAUCACCACUGCCCAUAAGUGGGGGGAGGGGGCACAGGCAGGGUCCCCCUUCCUCUCUGUCCUGAAGGGAAGGGCGGUCUCCCCUGCCUUCUCACUUUUCCAGUCUGGGGCAGAAGCAGAGGCCUCUCCUUCUUUGCCUCCUUUCCACCCCAGGCCCUCCCUGCUUGGCCCUGGGCCGCCUGGCCCUCCUAACCUUGGUGUCUCUUCUAGUUCCCCUUCCCCAGGGGCUGGGACUCCCUCUGUCCAACCCCCUCCUCCAGUGGGCUGGUGGCCCUACACUGCCCUGUCUUCCCCCUCCCCCUCACUCUGCACCCCCUAGCCUCAACUGGGAAUGGCCCUUGAAUCCAGCAUUUCCAGCAUUUCGAAACCAGGAUUGUUUUGAAAUCCCUGAGUACUUCUCCACCCCCCUCUGACUCCCCUCCUCCCCACUAGCCCAGAAUUGAUGCUGUGCGUUGCCAGAGUGUGUGUGUGUGUAAGUUUGUGUGCUAGCACGUGGCCAUGUGCGUACUACUGUGAGAGUGUAUGUGUAUGUGUGUGUGUAUCCCAGUGUGGGUGUAUCUUCUGUCUGUCAGCAGUUCUGUGUGACUGGCCGAUGUUCUUUGUAUUUCCUGAGCUUUCCUGGGCUGCCUCUGCGAGUUUGGGAGCCUCUAUGGGUCUUAAGGAGCCAUUCUUGGGGAGUUUGGGGUUAUUUUUAGGGGGUAUCUUGGAUGUGUGUCUUUGGGAGCUUUGUUGGUUUGUGUCUCAGUUGCAUGUGUCUGGGAGUAUCUCUGAGGAGUGUGUGCGCCCUGAGUUGUGUCUCUUUGAUGAGUACUUGUGCCUGUGUGUGCACAUGCGUGCGCUCCGCUUCUGUUCCCGCCUCUCUCCUCCUCCCUCGGAACAUGUCUGGGGUGUGUAGUCACAGGUCUCUCCGCAGCUCCCUGGGACAUGGAGUCCUUUGUCCUUUGAUAGGGAGGUUUCCUGGAGUGAGGCCAAGGCUUCUGGCAGUUCUGUGGUCCUUGGAGAGAAAGUGGUGGAGUGGGGAGACUUGGAGAUAAACAGUCCCCAGGGUCGGCUCUCUUCUUCUGCCCCUCAUGGACACCCAGCACCUUGAGAGAUCCCAACACUACCAGUCCACCCUCUUCUUGUCCUGAUGAUACAAUGGUGGCUGUCAUAGGGAGGCCCUGCUCGCUCUAAAGGAAAGGGCUGGGGAAAGGGAGUCAACCCUCCGCCCCUGGGGACACUUGCUUCAUUGGGAACAAGAAACAGCCAGCCACAUUAGACCUGGGAGCUUGAUGGCUCAUUUAAGAUUCAGAAAUGUUGACUUCUCUAGACAGCAAAACCAGACAAGACUGUCAUAUUUCCAGCCUGAGUAGAAGACAGAGGGGCCUGGAAUCCUAAGGGGGUGAUGUACCACCCCAGAAACAUGAGGCGCUUGGAGUGGGGCCAGCUGCCAUUGUAGCCUUGAUCCUGGGAAGUCCUUGAUGUUUAAUCUCAUUCCUUCCUUCUGCAGUUAGACGAUGUUCUACAGGAGGGGAGGUUGCCAAGGGGGCUUUUUUUUUUUUUUGGCCAAAGCAAAAGUGGUGAUAGCAAAGUUAUGUCUGCAUGGGGUGUGGGCACUGGAACCCCUGAUAUCUCCCUAUGACUCAAUUUCCCAUCCUGGGAUCUUAGGCUAUAAUUGAAUGCUUUCCUCUAGAAGCACUUUUGGCAAUCAGUGAGGAAGAAAAUGGCUGGGGCAGGGGCUGUUUGUUUCAGUCAAGGGCCUGAGGAGACAGCAGCAGGAGAUGGGCAGAAGGAUAAGCUGUCCCUUUUACAUCCCCUCCCCCCAAUGGCCUCUGGUCCCAGGAUGCAGUGGGAGCGAGGGAGGGAAGGGUAGAGGCACAGGUUGGUACAGUGCUCAGUGACCCAGCAGGGGGAGGGCCUUGGCAAGGAAUUUUCAGUUUGUUUCUCAAUCUCUGUGUCUGAGACACGCACACACACGUCACUGCAGACACCUUCAGGAGAUGAGCCUAGAAAAGUCACCCAGGUGGCGGUAGGGCAGGGCAGUACCAGAUGGGGCCAUGUGAAACCAGUCUCAUUCUGGCAGAUGCCCAGUGCUUGCCCCCUAGAACUGAAAGUUGAGCCUAACCGGAGGUCCCCUUCCCAACUCCCCCAUCCUGGGCCUGGGAGCAACACAGGCUGGAGAGGGUUAAGUCUGGUUGGCAGGGACACCCCCCCCCCCCCAAGUGCAGUGAGCGAGAGAGGGAGGGGUGGUUAGCAGCUUGCUCUAGUUGGCGUCUCUCCCAGAAUUCUUCGGAAAAGAACUCCCCUUUGACCCCCAGUACAAACUGAGCCCAGCCACCAGCCUCCCUCCCGCCUGCCUGCCUGUGGGAGCGUCCCCCAGCCCCCUUCUACUGAACUGCUAAGCCUGAUUCUCUCACCCCAGGCCUUCCCAACCAGGCUGUGCCCCCAGGGCUUUGCGUCUUUGAGGGGACCAAGGGUGUAGCCAAGGAGACCACACAGGGAACCCCCAUCCCAGACCACACCCUUGAGCCUGAGCCCGACACACAUUAUUCCUGAGUCCGUGCUCCAGUACCGAGUACCUGGCUGGGCCCUGGGCACGCACAGGGGCCGUAGCCCCACUGUGUGUGGGAGCCAUGAGGAUCCUGGCUAACAAGACAAGGUUACCCCACCCCAGGAGGAGAGAAGCUCCAGGGAGCCCGCCGCUGUCCCCUCGCGGCCACUGCCCCCCUGCCCCAGCCAAGCCAAUGCACCCAGAAAAUAAGUUGACCAAUCAUGGCAAGACAGGGAAUGGCGGGGCCCAAUCCCAGCACCAGAAUGUGAACCAAGGACCCACCUGCAACCUGGGCUCGAAGGGCGUGGGGGCGGGGAACCAUGGGGCCAAGGCCAACCAGAUCUCACCUAGCAACUCAAGUCUGAAGAACCCCCAGGCAGGGGUGCCCCCUUUCAGCUCGCUCAAGGGCAAAGUGAAGAGGGAGCGGAGUGUCUCUGUGGACUCUGGAGAGCAGCGAGAGGCUGGGACCCCGUCCCUGGAUUCAGAGGCCAAAGAGGUGGCACCCCGGAGUAAGCGGCGUUGUGUGCUGGAGCGGAAGCAGCCAUACAGUGGGGACGAAUGGUGCUCAGGACCGGACAGCGAGGAGGACGACAAGCCCAUUGGGGCCACCCACAGUUGUAAUGUAGCAGACCCAGCCAUGGCGGCCCCACAGCUGGGUCCCAGCCAAGCCGCCCAACUGCCCCUCAGUGAGAGCAGUGCACCAGGCCCCCCGCACGGGCCUCCACCAGGCCUUCGGCCUGAUGCCCCCGGAGGUGGGGGCGGAGGUGUCCCUGGAAAGCCUCCUUCACAGUUCGUCUAUGUCUUCACCACCCACCUGGCCAACACGGCCGCAGAGGCAGUGCUCCAGGGCCGGGCCGACUCCAUCCUUGCCUACCAUCAGCAGAAUGUGCCCCGGGCCAAGCUUGACCAGGCCCCUAAAGUGCCACCCACCCCAGAACCGCUACCCCUGAGCACACCAUCAGCAGGCACCCCGCAGUCCCAGCCAGCUCCACUGCCGCCGCCACCACCCCCUGCCCCUGGCAGUGCCCCCCCUGCUCUGCCUUCGGAGGGGCCUCCUGAGGACGCCAAUCAGGACCUGACGCCCAACUCAGUGGGAGCUGCCAGCACAGGUGGUGGGACGGGGGGCACCCACCCUAACACCCCUACGGCUGCCACCACCACCAACCCACUGCCUCCUGGAGGAGACCCCAGCAGUGCCCCUGGCCCUGCCCUGCUGGGGGAGACAGCCCUCUCAGGAAAUGGGCAGCGGAGCCUGGUGGGCUCUGAGGGUCUGUCUAAGGAGCAGCUGGAGCAUCGGGAGCGUUCCCUCCAGACCCUGCGAGACAUUGAGCGGCUGUUGCUCCGCAGCGGGGAGACCGAGCCCUUCCUCAAGGGGCCCCCGGGAGGAGCAGGUGAGGGGGGACCACCAGCACAAGCCCCUCCUGCCCCCCAGCAGCCACCCGCACCCCCUCCUGGCGGGCUGAAGAAGUACGAGGAGCCCUUGCAGUCCAUGAUUUCGCAGACACAGAGCCUAGGGGGCCCCCCGCUGGAGCAUGAAGUGCCUGGGCACCCCCCGGGCGGGGACAUGGGACAGCAGAUGAACCUGAUGAUGCAGAGGCUGGGCCAGGACAGCCUGACGCCUGAGCAGGUGGCCUGGCGCAAGCUACAGGAAGAGUACUAUGAGGAGAAACGGCGGAAGGAGGAGCAGAUUGGGCUGCAUGGGGGCCGCCCUCUGCAGGACAUGAUGGGCAUGGGGGGCAUGAUGGUGAGGGGGCCACCCCCUCCCUAUCAUAGCAAGCCUGGGGAUCAGUGGCCACCUGGAAUGGGUGCACAGCUGCGGGGGCCCAUGGAUGUCCAAGAUCCCAUGCAGCUCCGGGGUGGACCUCCCUUCCCUGGCCCUCGUUUCCCAGGCAGCCAGAUGCAGCGGGUGCCUGGGUUUGGAGGCAUGCAGGGUAUACCCAUGGAGGUGCCCAUGAAUGCCAUGCAGAGGCCUGUGAGGCCAGGCAUGGGCUGGACCGAAGACUUGCCCCCCAUGGGAGGGCCCAGCAAUUUUGCCCAGAAUGCCGUGCCCUACCCAGGUGGGCAAGGUGAAGCAGAGCGGUUCAUGACUCCUCGGGUUCGAGAAGAGCUGCUGCGGCACCAGCUGCUGGAGAAGCGGUCGAUGGGCAUGCAGCGCCCCCUCAGCAUGGCAGGCAGUGGCCUGGGGCAGGGCAUGGAGAUGGAACGGAUGAUGCAGGCGCACCGGCAGAUAGAUCCGGCCAUGUUCUCCGGGCAAAUAGCUAGUGGCGAGGGCCUGGCAGGCACUCCUAUGGGCAUGGAGUUCGGUGGAGGUCGGGGCCUCCUGAGUCCCCCAAUGGGGCAGUCUGGGCUGAGGGAGGUGGACCCACCCAUGGGGCCAGGCAACCUCAACAUGAACAUGAAUGUGAACAUGAACAUGAACAUGAACCUGAAUGUGCAGAUGACCCCACAGCAGCAGAUGCUGAUGUCGCAGAAGAUGCGGGGCCCUGGGGACAUGAUGGGGCCGCAGGGCCUCAGUCCUGAGGAGAUGGCCCGGGUGCGGGCCCAGAACAGCAGUGGCAUGAUGGGCGGCCAGCAGAAGAUGCUUAUGCCUUCACAGUUUCCUAACCAGGGCCAGCAGGGGUUCUCUGGGGGCCAGGGACCCUACCAAGCCAUGCCCCAGGACAUGGGCAAUACCCAGGACAUGUUCAGCCCUGACCAGAGCUCAAUGCCCAUGGGCAGUGUGGGUACCACUCGGCUCAGCCACAUGCCUCUGCCCCCUGCAUCCAAUCCUCCUCCCGGGUCUGUGCAUUCGGCCCCAAGCCGGGGGCUGGGCCGACGGCCUUCAGACCUCACCAUCAGUAUUAAUCAGAUGGGCUCGCCAGGCAUGGGGCACCUGAAGUCGCCCACCCUUAGCCAGGUGCAUUCACCCCUGGUCACCUCGCCCUCCGCCAACCUCAAGUCACCCCAGACUCCCUCACAGAUGGUGCCCUUGCCUUCGGCCAACCCACCAGGACCUCUCAAGUCGCCCCAGGUCCUCAGCUCCUCCCUCAGUGUCCGUUCGCCCACUGGCUCACCCAGCAGGCUCAAGUCUCCCUCUAUGGCGGUGCCUUCUCCAGGUUGGGUUGCCUCACCCAAGACAGCCAUGCCCAGCCCUGGGGUCCCCCAGAACAAACAGCCGCCUCUCAACAUGAACUCUUCCACCACCCUGGGCAAUAUGGAACAGGGUGCCCUGCCGCCUAGCGGCCCCCGGAGCAGCUCCUCAGCACCUCCCGCCAACCCUCCCAGCAGCCUCAUGAACCCCAGCCUGCCAUUCACUUCCUCCCCAGACCCCACGCCUUCCCAGAACCCCCUGUCACUGAUGAUGUCCCAGAUGUCCAAGUACGCCAUGCCCAGCUCCACCCCGCUCUACCACAAUGCCAUCAAGACCAUCGCCACCUCAGACGACGAGCUGCUGCCCGACCGGCCCCUGCUCGCCCCACCACCACCACCGCAGGGCUCCGGGCCAGGGAUCAGCAAUAACCAGCCCAACCAGAUGCACCUGAACUCAGCUGCUGCCCAGAGCCCCAUGGGCAUGAACCUGCCAGGCCAGCAGCCCCUGUCCCAUGAGCCCCCGCCUACCAUGUUGCCCUCCCCCACCCCUCUGGGCUCCAACAUUCCACUGCACCCCAAUGCACAGGGGACAGGAGGGCCCCCUCAAAACUCGAUGAUGAUGGCACCAGGGGGCCCAGACUCCCUGAAUGCCCCCUGUGGUCCUGUGCCCAGCUCCUCCCAGAUGAUGCCCUUCCCCCCUCGGCUGCAGCAGCCCCAUGGUGCCAUGGCCCCCAGUGGGGGUGGGGGUCCUGGCCUGCAGCAGCACUACCCUGCAGGCAUGCCCUUGCCCCCAGAGGACCUGCCCAGCCAGCCGCCAGGCCCCUUGCCCCCCCAGCAGCACCUGAUGGGCAAAAGCAUGGCUGGGCGCAUGGGCGAUGCAUACCCGCCAGGUGUGCUCCCUGGGGUGGCUUCAGUGCUGAACGACCCCGAGCUGAGCGAGGUGAUCCGGCCCACCCCGACGGGGAUCCCUGAGUUCGACUUGUCGAGGAUCAUUCCCUCUGAGAAGCCAAGCAGCACCCUUCAGUACUUCCCCAAGAGUGAGAACCAGCCCCCCAAGGCCCAGCCCCCCAAUCUGCAUCUCAUGAACCUGCAAAACAUGAUGGCGGAGCAGACUCCCUCCCGGCCCCCCAACCUCCCGGGCCAGCAGGGUGUCCAGCGGGGGCUCAACAUGUCCAUGUGCCACCCGGGACAGAUGUCCUUGCUGGGCAGGACAGGUGUGCCCCCACAGCAGGGCAUGGUGCCCCACGGCCUGCACCAGGGGGUCAUGUCCCCUCCACAAGGCCUCAUGACCCAGCAGAAUUUCAUGCUGAUGAAGCAACGGGGCGUGGGGGGCGAGGUCUACAGCCAGCCCCCCCAUAUGCUCUCCCCACAGGGCUCCCUCAUGGGCCCCCCGCCCCAGCAGAACCUCAUGGUGUCCCACCCCCUGCGGCAGCGCAGUGUGUCUCUGGACAGCCAGAUGGGCUACCUCCCGGCACCGGGCAGCAUGGCCAACCUGCCCUUCUAGCAGUCCCCCUUGGGGGCUGGAGCUGGGGCAAUAUUGCAAAUAUGAUAACCUUAAAAAAGUUUCUUCCCCUCCAGUGUUGGGAUGGCCUGGGUCAAGGG